CGAUUCAUGAUUGCCCUUUUAUUUCGAAAGCAUCACUGCUUUGCUUCCUGUUUCAUUGCGCGCGGUUUGACGCAGCUGCGGCAGCGUGCAGCAACUUUGACGUCAAAAGAGAUUGAACGUUAAAUCGAUACUUUAAAGUUACCCAUCGCUAGGAACUGUUUGUACCACAUGUCGGUGUGAACUGCCGGAGAUAUGACUGACCUGUACAUUUCAUUGGCGGUGUUGGGAGCUGCGGUGCUUCUCAGCGAGGCGAUCCGGCGGACAGCAGUGCGUCUUUUCCCUGGAGCCUACUGGGUUUACCUCCUGGAAGCGGCGUCCACCUUCCAGCUCUGUUGCUGCACUCAUGAACUCAAACUGCUGGGUGAAACGGCCCAGCUGGAGUUGCCGGUCGGCCUGACCCUCACAUACACCAUGACGGUUAUCCACUUAUUAACUUUCCGGGAAGCGACGUGCAACCCCAGCGGGGCUCUGGAGGGCUUUUUCCGCGGGACCAGCAGCACCAGGGCGGCCGUCGUUAUAGCCUGCCAGUUCGGAGCUGCGGUCGCCGCGCAGUUUUUCGCAUCCUCCGUUUGGUCGCUGGGUCUUUCCGACAUCCACAUCAGGCACCAGAGGUUUGGGUUCCGAUGCUUCGACCCCCUCGGUGGGACUCUGCUGGAGGCCGCGGCAGUUGAGCUGGGCUGCGCCUUCAUGGUCCAAGCUGCCGCCAUGCAUGUCCACAAACUGGACCAAAAACUUCGAGCUCACUUCAUCGCUGCUGUCAUCACUGCUCUGGUUUACGCAGGUGGAAGUAUUUCAGGAGCUGUUUUUAACCCUGUCCUGGCCUUCUCCGUCCAGUUCCCCUGCAGCGGCCACACCUACCUUGAGUACUGCUUUGUCUACUGGCUGGGACCAGUCUUGGGCGUGGUGAGCUGCAUCCUGCUGUUCGAGAAGAUCAUUCCUUUCCUCUCUGGAAAGAGUACCAUUGUGCUGGACAUCCCUGCUGUCCAGAAACAAAAGAAGACACAGUAGCAGCAGUGACGUCACGUGAGGACUGGCCAAGUUUGUGUCUUAAGCUUUUUAUUCCACAUGUCUGGGUGGAUAAUACCAGUAUACAUUUUAAGACAAAAAGUUUUACUACACAUAUUAUCAUUAUAGCACAAUAAGGCCUAUGACUUCUGGGAGGUUACAACAAAGCUGUAAUUGAACAGACAGCAGGCAAACUCAUCAGUGGGUUCAGCUCUUCAUUUGCAAAUUUACACAUAAAAGUGCUUAAAAGUCAGAAAAAUUACGAUCUGUAUAAUUACAGAACUUGGCUUAGAAUCAUUAUGUAUUUAAGUAUUUUAAGUUCUUCAGUAUCAAACUAAUCCAGGGAUAGCUGUCUGUACAUCCAUGGGUAUAUGGCUAAUAGCAAAUUGGGCAUACUUUUAAUGGUGCUAUGGGACAGCUAAUAAAUUUGGCUGUGUUUGAAGUGAUAUUACAAACCUCACCUGGUUGAGCGUGCGCCCCACGUAAAAAGACUCAGUCCUUACCGCAGCAGCCACAGGUUACAUUGCGACCCAUGGCCCUUUGCUGCAUAUCAUCCCGCUCUCUUUCCCCUUUCCUGUCAUCAGCUGUCCUAUCAAAUAAAGGCCUAAAAUGCCCCAAAAAUAAUCUAAAACAUUAUAGUACUGACAGUAUCAGUCAGAUGCAAAAAUCAUACCAAAGAUAUAAUCUUAAUUUCAGUUUGAUUUAAAAAUGACAUUUCUAUCAUUCUCAUAACUUAAUUUUUGCCAAAUGUUUUUCAUAUGAAGACUGUCAAAAAGCACAACACUAUAGAAGUGUAUCUAACCAAGUUUUAAUAUUGAAAUGAAUAUUUAUUUGUUCUGAAACUGUAAUUCACUGCUACUAUCGCUACUUUACAUUAAAGCUGCAUGAUCAAAUGAAAAACAACCUAAAGACAGUUGGAAGUACUUUGGUUGCAAAAUAUGAAAAUAUUGAAACUUUGAAUGCACACAAAUUAACGAACGUGCAUAAAGAGAAAAAGAUGAAUAUAAGUGGUUAAUAUGCAGAUAGGUAUGACACUUAAGUUUAUCAGUUUCUCUAUGCACUUAGAUUUAUGAACCCCUUUAUUGUCACUGCAUUUAACUUUUAUAAGUACACCCAGUGGGACAGAAGACAUCUCAAUUCCCACAGUCCAAGUGACAUUCCUAAAUAAAUACAUAAAUACACACUAACCAAAACCAUUACUGAUAAAAGUGACGUUUAGUGUUAUGUGUGGAAAAAGAACUGAUUUUAACUACUUUGCAGUAAAGGAAGGCAGCCUCAUUAGUACAGCACAUUUUAGCAACAAGGCAAUUCAAAUUGCUUUACAUCAAACAUUAAAGAGCAAUUUAAAACAAGUAAAAACUGGAUUUCACCUCUUAUGUUUAGAUGACCAAAGCUUUAACCUGUUCAAUCUUUACGUUUUCCUGCAUAAAUCAUGUUUGACUAUGUUAAGCUGAUCAUUUU